CAUUGGACUAAGUCUAUUUUCACAUCACAAAACAACAUUUACUCUUAUCAUAUUCUAUCUUUACACAUUGUUUUGUGAGUAACAAAAAAAUCGAUCCCGAAAAUACUAGUAAAAUGAUUGGUUCGUUGGUUGCUAUUAAAGUUUGAUUCUUGAAUUUUUACCCAUCUCCUAGACUUCCUCUAGUGAGGAAGUUGGAAAGUGUUUCAAGGUACGUGCUGGGAAGGGGGAACGAACAUAGUGUAUUUACGUCUAUGUGGGCUCCCCCUACUGUUUAAUUCCCCUCGAGCACAUGCAAUAUCCGUGGCUGCAUGGCGUUCCAAAAACAAUGAAAAAUCCCCCCCACCCACAGCAGCGCCGCCACAAAACCACCGUCUUCUUCCAUGCUCCGACAAGAGUCACAGGUGACAGUAGUAAUAGUAAGACCAAAACAACAAAUAACAUGUGGGAGCAUAAGCAUAACACGGGUCCAUCCACUGUUCCACGUGUGGACCCCUGCACCGACGCCCUCCAGUUUAAGCUCUUUUAUCCUUUCCUUAAGUUUUUAAGAUCCAAAUUAAUCAUGUUUAAUUUCAUGUAAAAAGUUUUAGAAAUUAUUUUUCCCGCUCGAUCUAUUUGCGCUUUUUCUACCCUUUUCAUGUAUGAUCCCGACAGAUCUCUCAAUCACAUCAGAGUUCAUAUGUGUUUGAUGUUUUUAUUCUCCCUCCCUACCACUUUCUUUCUUUCAUAUGCUUUAAUUUGUACUUAGCCUCUCACAUUUUUUCCAGAGUUUAUUGAUAAUCAUAAGGAAAAGAAAAUUCAUUUAUUGAUAAUUUUCUCUCCUUGACUCCUUGUUGUGAAGUACUGCAACACUACUAAUUUGCAUAACUAUGAAAACACAAAAAAUUGUUAAUUUUUUUAAUUUUUAAUCAUGCUACAUUACGUCAUUCAUCUUGCAGUGUAACUAAGAACAUUUCUUUUGAUUAUUAUUUGAAAUGAAAAAAAAAAGGGGAAAAUCAAAAUUCAAAAUAAGUGGGACUGUGUGACUGUGUGUUUUUUCUUUCCUUUUAUAAACUCUGUACCGCACUUUUAAAUGUGGUGCCAUCCCCAUUUCUCCAUCAUUCACUUCCCUCCUACCACCGGCCCCCUUCUUCUUCUUCUCUCCCACACUUUCUCUUUUAAUUCCAAAUCCCUUUCUUUCCCCUAUUCCUCCAUUUUAUUUUUUUUUUUUACUCUUCUUCAAAUCACUGCAAUUUUCUUCCACAUAAUCUUCGCCAAAAUUGAACUUAAUUAAAAGGGGAGAAACAGAGUUACAUUAUCCCGAAAAUGCCGCUUUCAAAAUUGGCGGCCUUGUUAUUUACUACUGCAACUUUGGUUGCACUUUUUGCCGCCAUUGCUGAAGCUGAGAACCCUUACAGAUUCUUCGAGUGGAAUGUUACUUACGCUCAUAGGGAUCUACUUGGUGCUCAUCAACAGGUGAUUUUGAUCAAUGGACAAUUCCCUGGACCGGACAUUGAGGCUGUCACUAAUGAUAAUCUCAUUAUUAAUGUCUACAACAGCUUAGAUGAACCUUUCCUCCUCUCCUGGAAUGGAAUUCAAAACAGAAGGAAUUCAUACGUGGAUGGAGUUUACGGUACAACAUGCCCAAUCCCACCCGGGAAAAAUUACACCUACAUUCUUCAAGUCAAAGAUCAGAUCGGAAGUUUUUACUACUUCCCUUCUUUAGCAUUCCACAAGGCCGCCGGUGGCUUUGGUGGCUUUAGAAUCCUUAGCCGGCCUCUCAUCCCUGUUCCUUUCCCUGAUCCCGCCGGUGAUUUCACCGUCCUCAUUGGUGAUUGGUACGCCCGAAACCACACGGACUUGAGGGCAAUCCUUGACAGGGGCCAUAAGCUGCCUUUCCCUGAUGGUAUCCUUAUCAAUGGACGUGGUCCUAAUGCUACCACUUUCACUUUUGAACAAGGAAAAACUUACAGGCUGCGAGUAUCAAAUGUGGGAUUGCAGAAUUCCCUCAAUUUCCGUAUUCAGGGACACAAGUUGAAGUUGGUUGAAGUGGAAGGCACACAUACAUUGCAGAACACAUAUUCUUCAUUUGAUCUUCAUCCUGGACAAUCUUCCUCCUUCCUUGUUACAGCUGAUCAACCUCCUCAGGACUACUUCUUUGUCGUUUCAACCCGGUUCACCAAUCCAGUUAUCACCACCACUGGUAUUGUUCAUUACAGCAACUCGAAUCAAGGCCCUUCAGGUCCAAUCCCGGGUGGACCAACCAUCCAAAUCGACUGGUCACUCAACCAGGCUCGUUCCAUUAGGACCAAUCUCACAGCUAGUGGACCAAGGCCUAAUCCACAAGGCUCGUAUCACUAUGGCAUGAUAAACACAACCAGGACCAUCAGGUUGGCUAAUUCUGCUGGUCAGGUCAAUGGCAAGCAGAGGUAUGCAGUCAACAGUGUGUCCUUUGUCCCGGCUGAUACCCCUUUGAAGCUAGCUGAUUACUUCAACAUUCCCGGAGUUUAUAAGGUUAACAGCAUCUCUGCUGCCCCAACUGGCGGUGGAAUCUACCUGGACACGUCCGUUCUUCAGACAGAUUACAGAACCUUCAUUGAGAUUGUAUUUGAAAACAAUGAGGACAUCUUACAGAGUUGGCAUCUUGAUGGCUAUGCUUUCUUCGUAGUCGGGUAAGUCACAAAAAAAAAAAAAAAACAACAUUGAACGUAGUAGUUUCUUGAAACUAAAUGCCCGUCAUGAAGAUUAGUUAACAAACCUGGUUGUGAACUGCAGAAUGGAUGGAGGUCAGUGGACUCCAGCAAGUAGAAAUCAGUACAAUCUUAGAGAUGGAGUUUUUCGCAGCACAGUUCAGGUAUCAGUUUCGUCCAUGAGAUUGUGCUUAGUACACAAAGUUUAUACUGUAAAAUCACAUUGAAUUUUGAAUUCAUGGAACCUUCAACCUGUUAUCUGAGGUCAAUUAGCAAUGGAAAAUAUUCUCACUUCUUACCCUUUGAUGCAGGUGUAUCCAUUCUCAUGGAGUGCCAUAUAUAUACCACUAGACAACGUAGGAAUGUGGAACUUGAGGAGUGAGUUCUGGGCACGACAGUACCUAGGACAACAAUUGUACUUGAAGGUUUUCACCACAUCAACUUCCCUCAGAGACGAAUACCCCAUCCCGAAGAAUGCACUUCUUUGUGGCAAGGCAGCUGGUCGCCGUACAAGGCCAUUUGGAUUCUAUCGACACUGAUUGAUUGUAUUAUGCUAUAAUCCAGUAAGAGCAUAGCUUUUUUUUACCUUUUUUUGGUGAGUUUAUAUAUAUGAGAGGACUGUUAGGACAAGCUUAAGAGAGAGUUAGCAGCUUGCUAAUUUAAUGUUGUUCUUUCAUGUUAUAGCAUUGGUGAGAAAACCUAGGAUCACCAGAGAAAAAAAAAAAGAAAAGAAGAAAAAGAUGGCCUUUGCAAGGGGGUCUCAUUCUUUGAGAAUUCUGCCCAGAGAUUUGUAAUUUUUUCCCAAUCAUUUUAUGACAAACAGAUAGCAUCUUGCUAUUAUAUGUAAGUUAUUAUGUGUUGUCUCCAUACUUCAAAAUUUUUUUUUUCAAUCCGUUUACAGUUAAAAAGGUUGGUGCAUCC